GGCUACAAGAGGAAAACAGAGGCGGCGAAGAAGGAGUACCUGAAAGCCUUGGCAGCGUACCGAGCCACUCUGGUUACCAAGGUAACAGCGGGGGGGGGGGGGGGGGGGGGGGUCACGUCUCUGAUAUACAUGGGUCAGUGGUGAUAUAAGGGAUAAUAAAUUGGAUGGAGAAUUCUUCUCUCGUCCUGGGGGAAGAGCUCCGUGUGGCCUUGUCCUGGGGGAAGGGCUCCGUGUGGCACAGCUGGAGAAGAAGGGGUAUGUGUGCUCUGAAGAGAACACAAACACACACACACACACACACACACGUGUGUGUGUGCAUUAGAGAGGGGGUGUAUAUGCCUAUGUGUGUUCUUACUUAUGUUUGUGUGCGUGUUAGAGUGUGUGCGCCUGUAUGUGUUCAUGUGUGUGAGGGCGUGUGUGUGAGGGUGUGUGUGUGAGGGCAUGUGUGUGAGGGUGUGUGUGUGAGGGCGUGUGUGUGAGGGCAUGUGUGUGAGGGCAUGUGUGUGAGGGCAUGUGUGUGAGGGUGUGUGUGUGAGGGCGUGUGUGUGAGGGCAUGUGUGUGAGGGCGUGUGUGUGAUGGCGUGUGUGAGGGCGUGUGUGUGAUGGCGUGUGUGAGGGCGUGUGUGUGAGGGCGUGUGUGUGAGGGAGUGUGUGUGAGGGCAUGUGUGUGAGGGCAUGUGUGUGAGGGCGUGUGUAUGAGAGUGUGUGUGUGAGGGCGUGUGUGAGGGCGUGUGUGAGGGCAUGUUUGUGAAGGCGUGGUGUGAGGGCGUGUGUGUGAGGGUAUGUGUGUGAGGGCGUGUGUGUGAGGGCAUGUGUGUGAGGGCGUGUUUGUGAGGGCGUGUGUGUGAGGGCGUGUGUGAGGGCAUGAUUGUGAGGGCGUGUGUGUGAGGGCGUGUGAGGGCGUGUGUGAGGGCGUGUGUGUGAGGGUGUAACCAUAUAUACUUAUAUUUAGACUUCAGACAAGAUAAUCAAUUAAUGUCCGUGAUUUCUCAACGUUCAAGCUCAUAAAAUUACACUCUAACUAUGAAUCCUAAAAUACUAAUUCAGAACCGGAUUAGAUGUCUAAUAACAGUAGGAUUAAAUCAUAAUAGAUUCUACAAAAAAUUUUCCUGUUCCAGUCUUAGUGCCAAGCACCUAUUUUCUCAAUUUCCAUGUCUUCACUCCAUUGUUUUCCCAUCACAUAAACCAAAAUUGCAUUACCAUGUUAAACACCCUCCCACCGGUCCCCAUGGCCUCCCACUUCCUCCAAGGCUUACAAGCCCAAAACAAGUGCCUUGAUUAAGGCAUGAACAGUUUAUUCAUCAACCACUCUCGUUACCAGUGCAGUUUUUAUUCCUUUAAUAAAGCCCAUUCACACCGCUCGUUUGCGUAAUUAAAUAUUGCUUUCUGACACAUCUCGUAUUCAGAGGCUUGAUUGAUGUGUGUGCAGAUUGGCAGGCAUUUAAAAGAAAUUAAAACAGACAGAAAUAACUGCAAAUCUACCGUUCAUUCACCACCACUCACAACAAGACACAUAGUAUAUGUAGCCAUUCAAAGGGAGUCCUCUUUAAAUUGUGUGUUUAAAUUGCUGAAGAGAAGUCGGAAUCAAGGAGAGAGGAAUUGAAGGUAAUUGGAAAUCGGCAGAGUGACAUUUUGGACGAGUCACGUGCCCGGUGCGUUCGGCGUGCACCUGUUGCCACUUUGUUUGUGACGCACACUGAUAAUCUAUGUUGGGAGAAAAAACACACACACAAAUGGAGCUUGAUGACUACAGUAAAUGUCUCGUUUAAAAGCCCCAAGUUAAUGAGGUUCAUUCAUUCAGAAAGUCAAAGUGGUGUUUUGUGCUUUUCAACCCACCAAGGGAGACAUAAUGGGAUAGUUAACCCAAAUGACAAAUGAUUGGUUUCCUUACCUUGUUACUACCUGUCCCUUUAAAGGGGACAUUUCACAUUUCUAUAUCUCCACAAAUAAUACUCUCCUGUUGUUCAUAGAAUAGGCUGAGUAGUAUAGUAUAGUAUAAAAUAGUACUGUCUUCAGUUAUGGUUGUUCAGUGCUUGGAAGGGAGAUAGCAUCCCCCCCACACACACACUUCCCUCCCACCCCUCUCUCACCAUUCUUUACCAUUCUUUACCUGUAUCUCACCAAUAUAAAUGAGUUGUGUAAUAUAUUGUGUAAUAUAUUGUGUAAUAUAUUGGGUAAUGUAUUGGGUAAUGUAUUGGGUAAUGUAUUGGGUAAUGUAUUGGGUAAUGUAUUGGGUAAUGUAUUGGGUAAUAUAUUGGGUAAUGUAUUGGGUAAUGUAUUGGGUAAUGUAUUGGGUAAUGUAUUGGGUAAUGUAUUGGGUAAUAUAUUGGGUAAAAUAUUGGGUAAUACCUAUUUGAACUGUCCUUUUUGUCCCUCUUGUCUUCCCCUCUGUCCUCAGACCUACAAUGACCCUGUGGAGACGAAAAGUGUCCAUACGAGCCAGCCUUCCUCGCACAUGAUGCCCCCCAAUCCACCACUGUACAGUGUCCCACCCCAGCCCUCCUCCCCCUACAGUCUGGGGCCGGGGGGCUUCCCCCUGUCGGACCUGCAGAGCUACGCGGGGGCGCCGCGUCACGCCCUCUCCCGGACCCUCAGCCAGUCUCAGAUGCUGCCCAGCAUUAGUGCCUCUCCCCCCUCCUCCUUCCAGAUCAGCCCGCCAUUGCACCAACAGCUCUCCCUGCACCAGAACUCCCUCCUCAACCAGCCAAUCCGCAUGCAGCACGGUCACCAGAUGGGACUCCAGGGCUCCCUUCACUCACCUCCUCCUGGCCAGCAGGUUAGUGUGACUCUGGGAGUGCCGAUAUCACCAGCAUAUAUCACAUAAGUAAAUUAUAUGAAGGAAUAGUGACAUGCUUGCUUUUUUAGUAUGCUAGUGUCGAGAGAGAGUAUGGACCAUAGAGAUCCUAUUAAAUUACCCAUUCCUAAUUCCCAAUUCGAAUUCCUAAUUCGAAUUCCUAAUUCAAUGGUAUGGCCAAACAACUUAUAACCGUUUGGUUCUCUGUAACCUUCGCAACCUUAGCAAAAAUAGCUGUGCAGCGACGCUCCCCAUCCAACCUGACAGAGCUUGAGAGGAUCUGCAGAGAAGAAUGGGAGAAACUUCCCAAAUACCGGUGUGCCAAACUUGUAGUGUCAUACCCAAGAAGACUCGAGGCUGUAAUCGCUGCCAAAGGUGGUUCAACAAAGUACUGAGUAAAGGGUCUGAAUACUUAUGUAAAUGUGAUAUUUCCGUUUUUAUUUUUUUUGAAAUUUGCAUAAAUGUCUAAAAACCUGUUUUUGGUUUGUCAUUAUGGGGUAUUAUGUGUAGAUUGAUGAGGAGAAAAAAAACGAUUUAAUCAAUUUUAGAAUAAGGCUAUAACGUAACAAAAUGUGGAAAAGUCAAGGGGUCUGAAUACUUUCCGAAUGCACUGUACAUGCUGCAAGUCAUAUUAUAUUGUACGUCCGCUAUUACAUUAGUAAUCCAACCUAACGUAAAGUUACAUAUAAAACUAAAUGGAGUGGCACAGAUUUUAGUAAUAUUGAAUACGUUUUGUUCUGAGACCAGGUUGGAACAACACAUCAACCAAAUGCAGCAAUGCUAACACCAUGGCCCCUAUGUUUUAUUAAUUUGCGGCUGAAAUCUCUCUCUCUCUCUCAGUUAAAUUCCAUUUCAAUUCAAUUCAAUUUCAAUUCAAUUCAAUUCAAUUUAAGGGCUUUAUUGGCAUGGGAAAUGUAUGUUAACAUUGCCAAAGCAAUGUUUAACUCCCCUGAAUGCCUCUGUCGAUCCUACAGCUAUUGUAUACAGUAAUAAUGUGCCUAUGAACCAGAGUCAUACCGUUAGCACUGAGGCAGUGUGCCCUAGUAGGAAGUCCACUGUGUGCAGCUCACCCUGCACUAUCAGCUCAAGGAAAAAUAUUAUUGUCAUGUCUCUCUCUCCUCUCUCUCUCCAUGCUAUCUAUAUUAGAGCUCAGAUGGAAGAGAGAGCAGAGAAGAGUAUGAGAUAGCAGUAAUUAUAUAGCUGGAUCCUAGAAGAGUAGCGCGAUGAGCAAGAUAUAGAUCUAUGAUCCUCAUAUCUUAUCAUCAUGUCAUAUCUCGUCUCUCUCUCUAUCUUGUCGCUCUCUAUCUCUCUCUCAUCUCUCGCUAUCUAUAUCUCUCUCUCUUCUCUCUCUCAUCUCUCUCUCUAUCUCUCUCUCUCUAUCUCUCUCUCUCUCUCUCUCACUCUCAAUCCCCUCCCCCUGCUUUUCUCUCUCAUUCUCCCCUCUCCAUUUGGCCAGUGUAAAUUGUCAGAAACUUAAACUAAUGCCAUGGCCUGGCUCUCUCUCUCUCCUAUAGGGAUUCACCCACCUACAGUCAGAGUACCAGAAAAGUGUGGGUUCCCAGUCCCCGGGGGCCCCUAAUCCUGGAGGGAGACAGAACCACGAGUGGGACAGUGAAUACUGCGAUCGGGAGUGCGGUGGCAACCACUGCAGGUGA